UCUUGCCGUUAAAUCAGAACUAUCUAUUCAUGGCAAUGAGUUACUAUUAUCUUGUACCAAGAUGUACGACCUACCUGUUCCACAUGAUAUUCGUCUGUCCUGGUCCAAUCCCAAUUGUGGAUCUUGUGAAGCAAGAGGAAAACUAUGUGGAUUGAGGGAAAAUAGCAGCACUGAGCUUGAAACUGAAUGCUAUGGCUUGCCCAGACCAGAGAAAGGUGCACGGAAAAAGCGACUGACUUUAGGUGUAACCACAGGAUCCAUCCUUUUCGGGGUCCUGGCCAUUGCAGUCUACCAAAUCUAUAGCUUCAGAAAAUCAGAAGAGGAAUAUCAGGCAAAGGUUGAAAGGUUUUUGGAUGAUUACAGAGCUAUGAACCCCACAAGAUACUCCCAUGCUGAUCUCAAAAAGAUGACAAAUCAAUUCAGGGAUGAAUUGGGGCAAGGAGCUUAUGGAACUGUGUUCAAAGGAAUGCUAACCAGUGAGAUUCCGGUGGCUGUUAAGGUUCUAAGCAAUUCAUCAGAAAAAGGAGAGGAAUUCGUCAACGAGAUGGGAACAAUGGCUAGGAUUCACCAUGUCAAUGUAGUCCGCUUGAUUGGCUUCUGUGCUGAUGGAUUUAGACGAGCUCUGGUUUACGAGUACUUGCCAAACGAUUCGCUGCAGAGGUUCAUAUCUUCAGCAAACGCCAAGAAUGUUUUCCUUGGCUGGGAAAGGCUGCAUCAUAUUGCCCUCGGAGUAGCCAAAGGGAUUGAAUAUCUUCACCAGGGUUGUGACCAAACAAUCCUCCACUUUGAUAUCAAACCACAUAAUAUCCUGCUGGACAAUGACUUCAAUCCCAAGAUUGCAGAUUUCGGUCUGGCUAAGUUGUGUUCCAAGUAUAAAAGUGCUAUUUCCAUGACAAGAGUUAGGGGAACCGUCGGCUACAUAGCACCUGAAGUGUUCUCAAGAAACUUCGGGAAUGUCUCCUACAAGUCAGACGUGUACAGUUUCGGAAUGUUAGUGUUGGAAAUGGUUGGUGGAAGGAAAAAUGUUGACGAUACAGCAGAAAAUGGUGAACAAGUAUACUUCCCAGAAUGGAUUUAUAAUCUCUUAGAAGAAGGAGAAGACCUGCGGUUACACAUCGAGGAAGAAGGGGAUGCUGAAAUUGCGAAGAAGCUAGCCAUUGUGGGACUGUGGUGUAUCCAGUGGAACCCAGUGGACCGUCCUUCCAUGAAAACUGUUGUCCAGAUGCUGGAAGGGAGAGGAGACAGGUUAAGUACACCUCCUAAUCCUCUUAGCUCCACAGCUCCAAAGAGAACGAACACAAGUAUGCUAAGGCUGUGAACUAUGAGCUGCUGCCUACAGUGGAUUCUGAGUAAUUCGCGGCUUAUGACACAAACAAAAGAUUAGCAUGCAUUUGAUUGAAAAUAAGGGGAUGAAACUGUAUUUGCUUGCAAGAUUAGUUCUUAAAUUGUAUUUCUCAAACUUUAUGAUGAUGCUAUUUUAGGACUCUUAGUUGGUGUC